AUGUCCACGUCCUCAAUCGUCGCGCGUCCGAUCGCGACCGUGGACGCGGUACAUCCGAGUGAACAACAAAUUUUCACGCUCGAACACUCCCGAUCCGGAUUGGACACCUUUGCGCGCGCCGCGGCGCCGUUCGCGAGCGUCGCGCGCGGCGUCGUCGAUGGUUUCGACGGCCGAGGCGGUGCGAUGCGCGCGAUCGCGGUUCGCGUGAUCAUGGUGGUGAUGAUACGGAUGCCGCGGGUGAUCGUCCCGGCGCUCUGCGCGACGACGUGGUUCGUCAUGGGUCGAGAACGAGAAAGACGCGCGUUGGCGCGAGCGAAUGGGACUGGUGAUGACGAGGAUUCGAGGGAAUAUUUUGAGAUCACGGCGAAGGAGGCGACGCGGGCGAUGGAGGGGUGCGCGACGACGUUUGAGCGUCUGGCGAGCGUGGCGGAGUGGCGGUCGAGGACGGUGAGCGCGGCGACGAUGUACGCGGCGUGGACGCUGUGCGGGAUGAGUCUGUUCGUGAGCGCGGAGACGAUGAUGUGUUGGAUCGCGUUGUACGCGACGCGGCCGUCUCGAUUGAAGAUUGUGCCGGAUCCCGUGACGGCGUGCUGGUCUCGUUUGCCCAGUCGUGAGAAGGAGGCGUUAAAGAUACAGUAG